GCUACCAGUGUAGAAUAGCUGUGCUAUAUUAACGCUUUGACGAUCAACGCACAUUCAUCCAGUGUUUGGCAUCACUGAUGUUACCUUUUUUCCACGUGAAAUAUUUUUUCUUAAUAAGUUGAAGUAUAAAUAAGAGGAAAGUUUAGUUAAUGGAUACUACAAGCAAACUAUUGCAUCUGUUCGUGUGCUGACAGCGUCUUAAUUUGAAGUCUAAAGAAGAUCAUUUAAAGUUAUCAAAAUGUCUUUUGACGAUCUUCUACAAAAAAUUGGAAAUUUUGGAACUUACCAAAAAAGAAUUUUUUUUUUCUUAUGUUUGCCGGCAAUUUCAUGUGCUUUACAUAAAUUAUCUGGUGUGUUUUUACUUGCCAAACCCGAUCACAGAUGCCAAUUACCGGACGAAUUACCUGAUGCAACAUAUUCUUUGCCUCCAGAUAUUAUGAAUAGUUCAUACCCUUAUGACUCUAUGACUAAAAAAUGGUCUUCGUGUAAAAUGUAUACUAUGAACAAUAAUAAUACUAAUAGUCUAUCGAAUUCUUCCCAAAAGUGUGACCAUUGGAUUUAUGACAAAUCUAUAUUUAAAAAUACUGCUGUUAUGGAGUUUAACUUGGUAUGCAAUAAAAAUUUUUACAAAGGUUAUUCAGACUCUUUGUUGAUGGUUGGGGUUAUGCUAGGAUCUAUAAUAUUUGGCUAUGUGUCUGAUAAAAUUGGAAGAAAACAUGUUUUUACCAUAUCUGUUUGGCUCCAGGGAAUUGCUGGUAUCGGAUUAGCAUUAGCUCCAGAAUUUUGGAGUUUUGCAUUCCUUAGAGUAUUUGUAGGAGCAUCUACUUCAGGACUCUACAUGGCGGCUUAUGUUAUUGGUUUAGAAUUCGUUGGUUCUAAUAAAAGAAUGUUUGUGGGUGUAGUCAUGCAAAUGUUUUUUUCUGUUGGAUUUAUAGUUGAAUCUAUUUUUGGAUAUAUCUUUACAGAUUGGAGAUACUUUCAAUUUGCUAUUACUAUCCCAACAUUUAUUUUUACUUCAUAUGUAUUGUUUAUGCCAGAAUCAGUAAGAUGGUUGCUAGCUAACGAUAAAAAAGAAGAAGCUGUUAAAUUAUUAAAAAAGAUUGCACGUGUAAAUGGAGUGGAUAUGUCGAGUUCGGACGUUUUAAACAUCUUGAAUAACGAUGAUGAAGAAGAAAAAGCCGAAAUCCAUGAAGAAGAAAAACAAAAAGCUACUUUUUUUGAUCUAUUUAGACAUCCUGCCAUCAGAAAUCGUUCCUUUCUUGUGAUGCUUUUGUGGUUUGUAAAUAGUUCAGCUUAUUAUGGAAUAUCAUGGAGUACCUCUAGCCUUGGAGGAAAUCAGUUUUUAGUAUUUUCUUUAAUGGGCCUUGUUGAAUUUCCAGCUUAUAGUUUCUUGUUGUUAACGCUCAAUCGGUGGGGUAGAAAAAUAAAUAUUUCAGGAUUUAUGAUAUUAGCUGCAAUGUGUUUAUUAACGACUCUUUUUGUGUCAAAAAGCAAUACGUGGUUAAUGAUAACAUGUGCUAUGUUAGCAAAGUUGGCUAUAACUGCAUCUUAUGGGGCAGUGUAUGUUUAUACAGCGGAACAAUUUCCAACUGUAGUGCGAAAUAGGGGUUUAGGAGUAGGAUCAUUUUUCGCAAGAAUCGGGGGUAUUAUGGCUCCUUAUAUUAACAAUACGUCAGACAUCUGGAUAAAUAUGCCGUUGGUCAUUUAUGGAAGCUUAGCAUUAUUAGUGGGUGCAUGGUCACUAGUAUUGCCAGAAACGUUAAACAAAGAACUACCUGAUACUAUUGAAGACCUCAUCGCUUCAUCUGAAAAAAAAUACAAACCAGUAAAAUUGGAGAAAGAAACUACAUUUAAAGAAAAUAAAUUAAAGAAUGAUAACGUCUAACAAAGAAUGUUCCCAUUAACAUUACUUCAAUACGAAAUCAUUAUUUUUACCAAUUUUUUCUUAUAAAUAAGUACUCGUGUUAAUUAUUCAUUAAGAUUAUAAUUUAAUAAAAAAAAAAAUUAUUUUA